AUGCAGCCAACCGGUAGAGAGCCUGUGGAGACAGAGCUGAAGGAAUCAAUACACCAACCCUCAUGUUCCUCCUGCCCUCUGUCUCCUGUUGCCGCCCCCAACCCUCCACCCUCAAAGUCAAAUGGAAGCCAGAAGAUGAGGGAUCCCGUAGACGUGGUUGGAAGGAUUACAGUCUCGCCCACCGUGGCCACCGCUCAGCAGCUGGAAGGAAGACGGCGCCUGGCGGACAGCAAAGGCUUUGAUGAGUACGUGAAGGAACUAAGAGUGGGACUAGCUUUGCCAAAAAUCGGUGCGAUGGCCAAACCAGACUGUAUCGUCUCUUGUGACGGCCAAAACCUCACCAUAAAAACUGAGAGCACUUUGAAAACAAUACAGUUGUCUUGUGCCCUGGGAGAGAAGUUUGAAGAAACCACAGCUGAUGGCAGAAAAACUCAGACUGUCUGCAACUUUACAGACGGUGCAUUGGUUCAUCAUCAGGGAUGGGAUGGGAAGGAAAGCACAGUAACGAGAAAAUUGAAAGAUGGGAAAUUGGUGGUGGACUGCAUCAUGAAUGAUAUCACCUGUACUCGGGUCGAUGAAAAAGUAGAAUAA